AUGAAGGCUGCUAGUGUGGCUUUGUACGGGCUCGCCUUGGGCUUUCUUGCUCUCGGUCUGCGUGAAUUACUGACCGGUUUCGAGGAGAACAGAUGCAGCAUGACUUAUAUGUUUGAAUACCCCGAGUUCAGGCGGGUGUCGUUGCCGCGGCGCGUGACCAGGCUGUACCCGGCGUACGGCCUGUACCUGUACGGAGAGGGAGUCUACGCCCAAGAAACUCGCAACCUCAAACUGAGCGGCGCCCCGGUGCUGUUCCUGCCUGGCAACGCUGGCAGUCACAAACAAGCUCGCUCCCUGGGUUCGGUCGCUCUGAGGAAGGCCGAGAACAUCGAAGGUGGCCUCCAUUUCAACGUCUUCACCGUGGACUUCAACGAGGAGCUGGUGGCACUGUACGGAGGCAGUUUGCUGAAGCAGACGCACUUCCUCCAUGAGAGCAUCAAGGCCAUUCUGCGGCUCUACAAGCAGCUGAAGUCUCCUCCUCAGAGCGUGGUGCUGGUGGGUCACUCCAUGGGGGGAGUCGUGGCUCGGGCUCUGUUCACUUUGCCCAAAUUCAACCCAAACCUGGUGACACUGAUCAUCACACAGGCCUCUCCCCACGUGGCUCCGGUGCUGGGCCUCGACCCCUAUCUGCUCAGUUUCUACAGAGCUGUGCGGCAGAAGUGGCUGAAGUCGGAGCGUCUCUCAAACGUCACUGUUCUGUCGGUGGGAGGAGGAUUCCGAGACUUUCAGGUGCGCUCCGGCCUCACCUCCCUGCCCUGCUCCAUGGACGACCCCCACAAGAUGUCGCUGGUGGUGACUGCAGUGCCCCGGACCUGGGUUUCCACCGAUCACUUGUCGAUUGUUUGGUGCAAAGAGCUCGUACUGGCCACUGUCAGGGCUUUCUUUGACCUCCUAGAUCCUGCCACCAGACAGUUCACAGAAGACCCCCAGAGGAAAUCCACCGUCCUGAACCAUCACUUCAUCAGACACCCUGUGAGUCCAGUGGGAGAGACGCAGAGAACCACCGCCUCCUUCUUAGAAUCUCCAGAAGCUUGGAGUGAAGUCAACACACUGCGUCUGGCCUACACCACUCCAAAGGAGGGACAAGUCAAAUACUUCCUGUUUGCUCUGUCCAGUCGCAGAAAAGCAUACAGUCAUUUCUAUUGUCGCAGCAGUGGUUUGCAAGACGUGGUUAGCUGGGUGUACGGCUGUAUGCAGAAGAAUGGCUCUUCUUGUGUACAAGCCGUGGAUCUGUCAAUGGGCACUGAAUACCUUCCUCCGUACAAGGUGCUGAUUCUCGACCUCAACGACUUGUCUGUGUUUACUCACCUGGUUGUGGCCGCGUCAAACGUCAACGGAAAACAGUUCACAGUGGAGUGCGAGUGGCAGCGGGAGCAGUCUCAGACCGUCACGUUAUCGGUGCCACAUGUGCUUUCUCUCGGCAUGACUGCGAGUGACGUCACGGUCGGUUCUUCUGGACUUCUCCACACCGUUCAACUGAAACACUUUCACCAGGUCUACCAAGCUUUUAGAAUCACCGUUUCCAGCCUCUGCAAGACGCCCAGAGAAAGAUUGUCCAACGUCUAUAGACUCAAAGUACCAUGGUUCCGCGAAGACUCACUCACCACUGCCACAGCGCCGUCUGUGACCGAGAUCUCAGGGAUGCUUCACACAAGUCGCCCAGAUAAUUUUUCCAGUGCUAUUCUACAGCUCCACACUGCCCCCAACUGCCAAUACAAGGUGUCUGUGAGAACGUCUUUACCCAAAGUGCUUGGGCAGGUGCUGAGGUUCUGUGGUCCUUUGGUGCCAGUGUACACAGCUGUAACGCUGCUUCUCGCCUGUGGGAGGCAGCUGGCCCUGAUCCUGAAGUCCAAGGAAACUUCUAGCAUGAGCCAAGCUGUGGCCAAAAGCUUUGAACCUCACAAAGUCAUCCUGCCGGUGUAUGGCCUGCAUGUUUUACUAAGCUGCUGUUGGUUUGAAGAGCUGUGGUCCUCCUUGCGCCUCCCUCACAUGGACUCCCUGGCUCCCACGGUCCCAGACUCUGAGACUGUGUCUGAGGACUCUGCCCCGGAGCAGUGGCCCCUCCUCCUGUCGCCGCUGCUGUAUGUGAUGGGGGCUGCUGUGGCCUUCUGGGGCAGCGCUCUGCUCCGCAUCGCCAUCAGAGUGCUGUCGCUCAUACUGGCUCUUCUGCACAGACCGUCGGUGUCCAGAGGCUGUGGGUCCCUGCCCUCCUGGAGCCUGCUGCUGGGGGCCGUGUGUCUCUCUGUUGUGGGCAGCACCAUGUGUGGAGCCCUGGCCAUAGUCACUGCCUUCAUGGUCCACCUGUACAGAGUGCUGAGGCUGCAGAUGACGGAGCGCUCCUUAAGUCACAUGCUGAACCUGGCCCCACAGAAGCACAGAAAGUCGGAGAACGGCAGCGCAGGCUCGGAGUGUAACGGGAGCCCGCUGCUGUCGGAGGAGGUGCUGCAGGAGGUCAGAGGAGACCUGCAGCUGCACCUGUGUCUCUCUGUGCUCUUCACGGUCCCAGUCGUGCUCAGCGCCCCCUCCCUGCUGCACUGGCUGCGCAACAUGAGGUAUAGCACUCAGCUCGACCCUGACCCCUGCUGGCCUCACCACGUGCCUCUCAUCAUCUGCUACCUGCUGCUAAUCAACUGCAACACAGACACGUUGGGCAAAAGUAAAGUGUUGCGUGUGGCCUCCUGGCUCCCUCUGCCCUUGUCUGUGGCCAUGCUGAGUUUCUCCGCUCUGCACCUGUACAGAAUCUCCUACUUCCUGUUGGCGGCGCUCGUGCCCAUGGCCUUGUGUUGUCUCCUUUGA